GAGAGCCUGUGCCAAGUCCCGCCAUUAGCACCGCUGGUGCUGUUUGUUGGGGAGGGCAAAGGGGUGUAGUGUCCCAGAUGCGGGUCAAAGGGUCCCAAAGAUCUUUCCCAAGAAAUCUGUCCUUCCUGGUGCACAGCUUCCCAAGGAGAGAGCUGAGACCAGACCAGGGAGGCCUCUCAUUUCUCUGGAGGGUGAGUGGAAAUCAGGCCCUUACUGUUCACCUGAACCCCAAAACUUUGGAGCCCUACACUUUGACUUCUGACUUAGUUUACAUACAGGAUUGGUUUUCAGGGACCAGUUCCCAAAAAGGCCAAGGUGAGGUCUGUUCCCUUGAAAGUGACACACACAUCACCACCACCACCACUCUGCCUUGCUGCCUUUCUUAUCAGGGAAGACAGCCAAUCAGACCAGGGCAGACAGGAGCCCUCCAAGGAGCCCUCCAAGGCUCAUAGCCCAUGAGGCAGAAGAGGGAGAAGAGGCCUGAGGCCCAGGGUGGACACCAGCCAGCCAUGGCCGCAGCUGAGACUGCCUUACCCUCCAUCAGUACACUGACCACCCUGGGCCAGCUCCUGGACCCCCAAGAGGACUUCCUCAAGUGGUGGCACCCUGACGAGACGCAGGAUUUGGGCCCGGGUCCCCCGGAUCUCAUGGGGCCAUCCCUUCACGUGAGUGUGAAAUCGCAGGCCCCUCUCGGACAGGACGAGGACGAUGAGCGGGAUGUGACCUGUGCCUGGGAUCCGGAUCUUUUCCUUACCAACUUCCCAGGUCCCGAGCUGCCAGCCACUCCCCGAACCUGUGCUCUGGUGCCCAGUGGGAGCCCGGUGGCACAGUACGCGCCGCCCGAGGCCCUGGGCGUCUAUGCAGGUGGCUCUGGGUUGGUGGCCGGGUCUUUAGGCUCUGAAGAGCACUCGGGCUGGGCGCACUCCGCCCCGCGAACCCCAGCCCCUGAGCCCUUCGUGGCCCCUGACCUGGCCCCGGGAUCCGCGCUCAAGGUGCAGCCAGCAUUCUCUGAUUCGCGAGCGGGCUCCGCCGGCGGUUUCUUCCCGCGGGCUGGGCUCGCGGUGCCCGCGGCCCCCAGCGCCCCCUAUGGGCUGCUGUCAGGGUACCCCACCCUGUACCCCGCGCCGCAGUACCAAGGGCAUUUUCAGCUCUUUCGCGGGCUCACGGCGCCGUCUGCCGGCCCCGCCGCGCCCCCUUCCUUCCUGAAUUGUCUGGGACCCGGUGCGGUGGGCACAGAACUGGGGGCCACAGCGCUCGCGGGAGACGCAGGCUUGUCCCCGGGAGCCGCACCGCCCAAGCGCAGCCGGAGAGUUUUGGCACGAAAGAGGCAAGCGGCACACACCUGCGGGCACCCGGGCUGCGGAAAGAGCUACACCAAGAGCUCGCAUCUGAAGGCGCACCUGCGCACGCACACAGGAGAGAAACCUUAUGCCUGCUCCUGGGAUGGCUGCGGCUGGAGGUUUGCUCGCUCUGACGAGCUGACGCGCCACUACCGGAAACACACUGGCCAGCGACCCUUCUGCUGCGGACUCUGCCCACGUGCUUUUUCGCGCUCUGACCACCUUGCUUUGCACAUGAAGCGCCACCUCUGAGCUCCGAUCCUGCACAGGGACUGGGAAUGAAAUAAGAGUGGAUCCAAGGAUUGUCUUCCAAAGGAUGGGCCAUUUUUGGACAUAUAGCCCUACAGACCUACCCAGAUCAAGAACUGACCCAAAGGAGCCCUUAACAGGAUCCUCCCACUUCCUCAGGGAGCCACACAAAAACAUCGCCCUACAGAUCCAGCAAGACAGACUACCAAAUAAAUCAACUCAGAUGGACCCUUAGACGUGUGCGGGAGUGACCCUGAGCCUUGGAGGUGGAGUGGGGUGAGACUUCCCAGGGUCUAGAAGGGGCCUUCACACUA